GCAGUGUGGCUGGCCGUGCGUGUCUCGCGGGCGCUGCGCGCGCUGCCGGGCCGUGUCUGGACCACAGGACGGAGCUGUCCGCCGCGAUCGGGAGGCGCGUGGCCAUGGAAGACCUCGGGGAGAACACCACAGUCCUGUCCACCCUGAGGUCGCUGAACAACUUCAUCUCUCAGCGAGUAGAGGGAGGAUCAGGCCUGGGUGUGUCGGCCCCUGCCUCGGGGUCCCUGCAGCUGCAGUAUGAGCAGAACAUGCAGCUGGAGGAGAGAGCCGAGCAGAUCCGUUCGAAGUCCUACCUCAUCCAGGUGGAGCGGGAGAAGAUGCAGAUGGAGCUGAGCCACAAGAGGGCUCGAGUGGAGCUGGAGAGAGCCGCCAGCACCAGUGCCAGGAACUACGAGCGCGAGGUGGAUCGCAACCAGGAGCUCCUGGCACGCAUUCGCCAGCUCCAGGAGCGUGAGGCCGAGGCGGAAGAGAAGAUGCGGGAGCAGCUGGAGCGCCACAGGCAGUGCAGGCAGAGCCUGGAAGCUUCCAGCCAGCAGCUUCGGGAACGGGAGGAUGGCCUGGCUGCAGCCAAGGAGACCAUUAAUUCCUUGAAGGGGCGUGUCUCCGAGCUGCAGUUGAGUGCGAUGGACCAGAAGGUCCAGGUGAAGCGCCUGGAGUCUGAGAAGCAGGAGCUGAAGGAGCAGCUGGACCUGCAGCAACGGAAAUGGCAGGAGGCAAAUCAGAAGAUCCAGGAGCUGCAGGCCAGUCAAGAAGAGAGAGCUGACCAAGACCAGAAGAUUAAGGACCUGGAGCAGAAGCUGUGCCUGCAGGAGCAGGACGCGGCUGUGGUGAAGAGCAUGAAGUCUGAGCUUCUGCGGCUGCCUAGGAUGGAGCAUGAGCUAAAGAGGCUGCGCGAGGAGAAUGCUCAUCUGAGGGAGAUGAAGGAGACCAACGGGCUGCUCACAGAGGAGCUGGAAAGUCUGCAAAGGAAGCUGGGCCGCCAGGAGAAGAUGCAGGAAGCUCUGGUUGACCUGGAGCUGGAGAAGGAGAAGCUGCUUGCAAAGCUGCAGAGCUGGGAGAAACUGGACCAGACCAUGGGCUUAAAUCUCAGGACUCCGGAGGACCUUUCCAGGUUCGUGGUUGAGCUGCAGCAGCGGGAGCUCGCCCUGAAGGAGAAGAAUAACACCAUUAGCAGCAGUGCCCGGGGUCUGGAGAGGGCCCAGCAGCAGCUCCAGGAUGAGGUCCGGCAGGUCAGUGCACAGCUGCUGGAGGAGAGGAAGAAGAGGGAGACACACGAGGCGCUGGCUCGAAGGCUCCAGAAGCGCAUCGUCCUGCUGACCAAGGAGCGAGACGGCAUGCGUGCCAUCCUGGGAUCCUACGACAGUGAGCUAACGCAGGCUGAGUACUCACCCCAGCUGACACAGCGCAUGUGGGAGGCCGAGGACAUGGUUCAGAAGGUGCAUGCCCACAGCUCGGAGAUGGAGGCUCAGCUGUCUCAGGCCCUGGAGGAGCUUGGGGUUCAGAAGCAAAGAGCCGACACGCUGGAGAUGGAGUUGAAGAUGCUGAAGGCCCAGACAAGCUCAGCCGAGGCCAGCUUCCCGUUCUGCAAAGAGGAGGUAGAUGCGCUCAGGCUGAAAGUGGAGGAGCUUGAGGGCGAGCGGAGCCGCCUGGAACAGGAGAAGCAGGCGCUGGAGAUGCAGAUGGAGAGACUAACCCUGCAGGGCGACUACAACCAGAGUCGAACCAAAGUGCUGCACCUGAGUCUGAACCCGGCCAGCAUGGCCAGGCAGCGCCAGCGUGAGGACCAUGAGCGGCUGCAGGGGGAGUGCGAGCGACUUCGGGGGCUCGUGCACGCCCUGGAGAGAGGGGGUCCCAUCCCUGCUGACCUGGAGGCUGCCUCCAGCCUGCCCUCAUCCAAGGAGGUGGCAGAGCUGCGCAAACAGGUGGAAAGUGCCGAGCUGAAGAACCAGCGGCUCAAGGAGGUUUUCCAGACCAAGAUCCAGGAGUUCCGCAAGGUUUGCUACACACUGACCGGCUACCAGAUCGACGUGACCACCGAGAGCCAGUACCGUCUCACCUCCCGGUACGCCGAGCACCAGUCCGACUGCCUCAUCUUCAAGGCCACAGGACCCUCGGGCUCCAAGAUGCAGCUGCUGGAGACGGAGUUCUCUCGGUCCGUGCCGGAGCUCGUUGAGCUGCACCUGCUGCAGCAGGACAGCAUUCCCGCCUUCCUCAGCGCGCUCACCAUAGAGCUCUUCAGCCGGCAGACCGCCAUGUAGCCGCUCCCGAGAGCCUUCCUCAGCGUGCUCACUAUGGAGCCCUUCAGCCGGCAGACUGCCAUGUAGCCGCUCCCGAGAGCAGCUCACGCCGUAGCCGCUGGACCUCCGCCUAGCCUCAACCCGCAGCCUCUCAGACUGCAGCCCCGACCUUGGCCUAGCCCUCCACCUCCCACAGAGUCACCCCACCCAUCCUUUCACAAACACUAGCUGUGGCCUCUGCUCAAGCAGCCACUGAGUCCUUGACCCUGGCCAGCAGAAGCAGCUGUGGGAUGAGCAAGCCAGAUCACACCCCACCACUCUCUCUUGACCUGAGCACUGGGACUCCACCCCCGGCCCUGUUCAGGGUCCCUUUCCUACACUUCCCAAGGUGCCCCAUGCCACCCCCAGUCCCACGUGCUUGGAUGCUUGUGUCACUUUGACUCCCAGGCUGUGGCCCGAAUCCACAGCCUCAGCCUAAUGAAAUAAAUUGUUAUCUUUAUCGCA